AUGGAUCCCAACCAAAACUCUUCUAAUAAUAUCCAAAACCCUUCAAACAACCCUUUUAACUAUCCGAAUCUCAACAACUAUCCAUUCCAAAAUCCGUUUCCUAACCCCAACCAACCCCAAAACAUACCAAAUUAUGGUUUUCCACCAAGUUUUUUCACGCCAUCGGCUGUUCCAAACUACCAUCCAUAUUAUGGUUCGCCAAUGUCAUAUUCAUCUCAACCACCCACUUAUUCUUCUACUCCAACGGAUAAGGAAAUUGCUUCGAAUGUUGGAGCAACUGAAUUUCCCGAGUUUUCUACACAAAUGACUCUUGGUGGUAUAAGUGGGGUUAAUGAAGCAACUCUUGGAGCAGACAGUUCAGCCUCUGCUACCCGAAAAAGCGUCAAAUGGACAACUGAGCAAAAUUUGGUGCUAUUGAGUGGGUGGAUCAAAUACGGAACAAACAGCGUUGUUGGCAGAAACCAGAAAAGUGAAUCAUUUUGGGGCAAAAUUGCUGAGUAUUGUAAUGAACAUUGCUCAUUUGAUCCUCCGCGCAGUGGAGUUUCAUGCAGAAAUCAUUACAACUACAUGAACCAAAAAUUGUCAAAAUGGAUUGGCGCUUACGAUAACGCUAAGCGUAUGCAACAAAGUGGGUGGUCGGAGCAAGAUGUAUUGGCGAAAGCGCAAGAAAUCUAUUCAGGUGGUGGUACCGGAAAUUUCAAUUUAAUGAAAGAAUGGAUCGCUGUCCGUGAUCAACCACGUUAUGGUAGUCAAGUUGGAGGGAAUAGUGGCUCUAAAAGCAGUGGAUCUAAGAGAGCCCACGAUAGUGAUGCUAGUGACUCUAACUCUGUUGGAUCCACUGCUCGUCCAAUGGGAAGGGAUGCAGCAAAGAAAAAAGCUAAAAAGAAAGGCAAGAGCGUAGCCCUGGAAGUGGUCAACGAAGAUUUUAAUGAAUUCAAACAAAUCAAGGCUCAAGAGUUUGAACGCUUGGAAAAAUUAGCCAUAUUGCAAGAGGAGGCAAACGAAAGGCGAAAGGAGGCAAUCCAAAGGCAAGAGGAGGCAAACCAAAGGCAAGAGGAGGCAAAUCAAUUGAUGAAAGAAAAAACUCGGGCUAAGAAGAUGAAGAUGUGGCUGAAGCUAAGUGAAAAGGAACAUCUCAAUGACCAGAGCAACGAGUUGUUUCAACAGUUGAGCUACGAAUUAUUUGGAAAAUAAUUGUAGUCACAAGUGGUUUCUGCAUCAUC